AUGUUCAAGAUCUUCUCGCUGUGCGUCGCUGCGGCGCUCGCGGCCGUCAUUGGCACGGCGACUAUCUCGCGCCGCAGAAAGCGUCGCGCCUUGCGUAACUUACCUGCUCCGCCGAGCCCGUCAUUCAUUACCGGAAACCUUCUAGACCUUUAUACGGAGGGAGCUCUUCCGCUCCACACCAAACUGACCGAGAAAUACGGCGGUGUCAUCAAGUAUGAUGGCCUGUUCAAAGACGUGCAACUGUGGAUAUCUGACCCUCUGGCCAUUCACCAUAUCGUCCAGCGCGAUCAGCAUAUGUUCGAAGAGACGGACUUCUUCCUAGCUGCGACUUCUAAGAUGUUCGGCCCCGGUAUACUGUCCUCUACUGGCCUCGCGCAUCGUAGGCAACGCAAGAUCUUCAGCUCCGUCUUUUCCACGGCUAAUCUCCGCGAUCUUGUUCCUCUUUUCCGCACGCUGACGCUCGAGGUCCGUGGCAUAUUGAAGAAGAUGGUCGAGGACGACCGUGAGAAAGACGUCGACGUCCUAGACUGGUCCGGUCGCGUGGCGUUUGAGGCCGUCUGUCAAGCCGCUGUCGGCCACUCCUUCAAUGCUAUCAAGGAUCCCAAUGGGCACCCUUACUGUCGCGCCCUGAAGGACUUUGUCCCUGCUUUCGCCACUCUGGCGCCGUUCUCUGCUUUAACUGCCACCAAUGUUCACCAGCUUCCUGGCCCGAUUCUCCAAGUGCUGGGUCGCCUGACGCCGCAUCCUGGUCUCCACAAGCUCAUGGACGUCUCAAAUGUCAUGCACACAACGGCGAAGAGCAUUUGGGAAGACAAGGACCGCAAACUCGCGCAAGGUGAUUCUGCAGUGGUGGAGCAGAUUGGCAAUGGCAAAGACCUUCUGAGCGUCUUGUGGAGGGCUAACAAAGCGGCGUCGAAGGAAGAUCGCCUGAGUGAGGAGGAGAUCAUCGCGCAAAUUGGUAUCAUGAUCUUCGCCGGGACUGACACCACUUCGUCCGGCCUGGCUCGUACUUUCGAUCUCUUGUCUCAGCGUCCCGAAGUGCAGGACAGGCUUCGCGAGGAACUCAAGGGCUGGGAAAACUGGUCCUACGACGAAAUUAUCUCCCAUCCUUACCUCGACGCCGUUUGCCGUGAGACCCUUAGGCUGUAUGCCCCUGCACAGAUUGUGCCUCGCGUCGUGAAGGAUGAUAUCGUCGUCCCUCUCAGCAAGCCCAUCAUUGGUGUGGACGGUAACCUCAUCGAGUCCCUGUUCUUGCCCAAGGGCCUUGAUUUCUUCGUCCACGUCGCCGGUUCAAACACCAACCCAGAGAUCUGGGGCCCCGAUGCUCAAGUCUGGCGGCCGGAGCGCUGGUUGGAGCCGACACCCGACUCUGUGACUGAUGCACAUCUUCCCGCUGUCUUCGGGAAAGGCGUCAUGACAUUCUAUGGCGGCGGGCGUGCAUGCAUCGGUAUGCAGUUCUCACAGCUUGAGAUGAAGAUGGUUGUCGCCGCGCUUGUGUCGACCUUCCGCUUCCAGCCCUCCGAGAAGGAGGAAGUCGAGUGGCGUUUCGGGAACAUCAUCGCUCCCAGCGUGAAGGGCGCUCCGGAGCGCUCUCCAAAGCUGCCUAUGAAACUCAGCAUUAUUUGA